AUAAUUGAUAUACUGUUUGUUUUUAGCAUGGAGCAAAUGUGAAUGCAAUGGAUCUUUGGCAAUUUACACCAUUACAUGAAGCAGCUUCAAAAUCUAGAGUAGAAGUAUGUUCAUUAUUGCUUAGUCAUGGUGCUGAUCCUACUCUAUUGAAUUGUCAUUCCAAAAGUGCAAUUGAUGUUGCACCUACAAGAGAAUUGCAGGAUAGAUUAUCAUAUGAAUUUAAAGGUCAUUGUCUAUUAGAAGCAUCACGUCAAGCUGAUCCAGCCAGAGUAAAAAAAUACCUCACUGUAGAAACAGUUAAUUUCAAACAUCCUUUCACUGGUGAUACUGCUUUACAUUGUGGAAUAAGUUCACCUUAUCCAAAAAGAAAACAAGUAACUGAAGCAUUAAUUAGGAAAGGAGCUAAUCUGAAUGAAAAGAAUAAAGAGUAUGUAUUUAUUAUGUUUAUUUUUUAAUUAAAAUGUACUGAACAAUUAUUAAUUGACAGAUGAUAAUCAUACUAUGUGAUCAUAUAUUCUUUCCACACCACAAAAAAACUCAUUUUGAAACUCAUUUCAUAUUAAAAACUUAAGUUUUUAUUAUAAAAGUCACAAAGAAUGUCCAACAUUGCCAGGGAACUUAGGGAGAGGGUUGAUUUGCUCUUGUUAUAAGGUAGUGUAUGUUUCCCUUAGGGCAACAGAGAGUAACUACACAAAAUUUGGUCCAAGUCAGUCAAAGGCUUUGGAAGUUUGUGGGGAUGAAAUCAUGGAAGGGGUGAGAGUCCAAGUUUUAAAGUAGCAUAUAUUUUUUGGAGGAUUAUAGAAUGUAAUGACAGAAUCAGAGAGGAGUGAGGGGUCUGAGCUUUAUGAUAGUUCAUGUUUCCCAUAGGGUACCUAAAACUGAAUAGAUAAGUUUAAGAAAGCUCACCAGGUGGAGGAAGAAAUUGAUCUUGAACAGAGCAGAUAAAGGAUAAUAUGAUUAUGAUGAUGAUGUGAGACAAAUGCUGCAGUAAAAACAUCUUUCUCAUACAUUUUCCUUUUUUAAUAUGAAAAUACUAAAUAUUC